CACGGCUUUAUUUAUUGACCUCUUCAUAAAAUUAUUCGCCAUUUUGUAAUUGUAUUCGUGGUCGAAUUAGCUGUGGUGUUAGGUAUUUAUUAAUUCAUUUUGAAUACAAAUCUUGUUUUAUUUAGCAAGUGUGGCGUCUGGCGUCUAACACAAAAAACCAUAUAAUUAUGACUGCUCACGAUCAAAUGAGGGCUAUGCUAGACCAACUUAUGGGAACAGGAAGAAAUGGUGAAAAUAACAAGUUUCACGUAAAAUUCAACGAUCCCAGAGUGUGCAAAUCAUUUUUACUCGCAUGCUGCCCUCACGAAAUAUUAUCAUCUACGCGUAUGGACUUGGGUGAAUGCCCAAAAAUUCAUGAUUUGGCUUUACGAGCUGAUUUUGAGAAGGCCCAGAAGACCAAAGAUUACUUCUAUGACCUUGAUGCUAUGGAACAUCUUCAAGCUUUCAUAGGUGAUUGUGAUCGUCGUACUGAAGCAGCAAAACAGCGCUUAGCUGAAACGCAGGAAGAACUUUCAGCUGAAGUGGCAGUUAAAGCAAACAGUGUGCAUGAAUUGGCAGAACAGAUUGGUCAAAAAUUGGCUAAAGCUGAACAACUCGGGGAGGAAGGCUUUGUUGAUGAAAGCAUGAAACUUAUGGAAGAGGUUGAUGAGUUAAGAAAGAAAAAGUUGGAUGCUGAACAAGAAUACAGAAACUCUAUGCCAGCUAGUAGUUAUCAACAGCAAAAAUUAAGAGUAUGCGAAGUGUGCUCUGCCUAUUUAGGUAUACACGACAAUGACAGACGCUUAGCUGACCAUUUUGGAGGGAAACUCCAUCUUGGUUUCAUUAAGAUUAGAGAAAAACUUGCGGAACUAGAGAAAACAUCUGAUAAAAGAAAAGAAGAAAAAAAGAAGGCGGGCAAAGAUAGAGAUCGUGAUGAAAGAGAUGACCGUUAUGAGAGACGUUAUCGCGAACAUUAUGUAGGAGGUAGAGAGUUAGACAGACGGUCGAAAAGACACAGAUCCAGAUCAAAGGAACGCAAAGAUCGUGACCGCAAAGAUAAGGAAAAGAAUAAAGAUGAGAGCCGGAAUCAAGGAGUAAGGAUCGUAAUCGCAGGUCCCACUCACGCCAUUCUAAUUCCAGUGACAAAAAGAGAGACAGAGAUAGAGAAUAACUUUGUUCUAAGUACGAUUCGUAGUGAAUCCAUUGUUUUUAGGGGGCAAUUUAUAGAAAAAUGUCUAUACAUACAAUACACACACAUGUUUAGUUUUUGACACUUAUUUUAUAUAAUUUGUCAUUGCUAAUUUAGAAUAAGGGUAGCAUUAUAACUGUUUGGAAAAUUAAAUCAUUUAUUAUAAAUAUUUUGUGUUAUCAAUUAUAAUAUAUAAGUAUACAAAAGUAAAUAAAAA